AUGUCCGAGUCAAAAGUCAUCCUUAUUACGGGUGCCAACUCCGGCGUCGGCUAUGCAACAGCCGAAACAAUCGUAUGCCAGCCAGGCUACCAUGUAAUCCUGGCCUGCCGAGACAUUGAGAAAGGAAAUCAGGCGCGCUUCAAACUCGAAGCUACCAACAUCAAAGGAACACUUUCCGUUCUCCAGCUAGACGUCGAAGAUGACACCUCCAUCUCCAAGGCCGUGAACCUUGUUUCUGAACAAUUCGGACGAGUCGACGUCUUCAUCAGUAAUGCAGGCACAACUUCACCGGGUUCUACUGGACGGGAAAGGCUACAAAAGAUAUUCUCAACAAACGUCUUUGGUGCGAUGCUUGUUACUGAAGCUUUCAUUCCCCUACUCCUCCAGUCUAGUCGCCCCUAUCUCAUUCAAAUAUCAAGCGCAUUGGGCUCGGUCGGGCUUGCUACCGAUCCAUCGAGUGAGCACAGCCUUCCACCAUGGGAUGAAUACCGCAUGAGCAAAGCUGCAUUGAAUAUGAUGACCAUCCAAAUGAAUAAGCGACUUAAGGACAAGAAUGUCCGCGUCUUCGCCUUUUGUCCAGGCCUUGUGCGAUCAAAGCUGAGAGGCGAUUCCGAGGCAGCAGUUACUGCCCAAGGCAAUGCUGGUGAUCCUAUGGAUUCAGCUAAAGCAAUUCUGGAAAUUGUAUCUGGACAGAGAGAUGAAGAUGCUGGCAAAUUUGUCUGGAUAGAAGGAUGUUACCCUUGGUAG